CAGUGCUGGUUGGGAAUAUGCGUGGCGGUUGUUUCUUGUGAGCAGCACACACACUUUGCGCUCACAGAUCAUCCAGUCACGGUCCACUCACUGCGUCCUUCUCUCGUUUCCUCCCACAGCAGCCUCACCUGCGAAGCCACAGCGGAGGACAGCAGAGCUCCUCGGUGGACACUUUGCUAACUGACAGAUACCGGGACGGACAGACGGACACCUCAGUGAACCUUCACCAUGGAGGAGAACCGGGCAAAGUAACUUCCAGCAGCCCACAGCACCCUCAGCCAGGCUGUCAGAGAGGAGAGCCGCUUCACAAUGACCCGUUAAAUUCCUGCCGCCGAUGCUUUCUUUGGAGAGUGGAUUGACCAUCUCCUAACAGCGGAGGAGACGAGCAGAGAGGCCUUUUUUCAUUCUUUCAGUCUUCAGAUGGACCGUGUGCCCUCGGCACUGGCAGCUAAGAUGCGCUGGAUCACGCUGGUGCUUGCCGGCUUGACUUUCUGGGGCAAAGUGACUAUCUGUAACUGUUUCGACUACGAGGAGCCAGACUAUGAUUAUUACGAAGAGGAGAGAGCAGAGACCAUUGACUACAAAGACCCAUGCAAAGCUGCUGCAUUCUGGGGUGACAUCGCUUUAGACGAGGAGGACCUGCGCAUGUUCCAGAUCGACAGGACGAUAGACCUCUCACAGCACACACACAUGCACACACACUCCCGGCAGGGGCACACGUCUGGUGGACUGGAGGAACAGGAAAUCUCUGAGAAGAAAGGAUCUUUAUAUCUUCUGCUGGAGAGAAUACGCAGGUUUGGCUUCGACUAUCUUCCCAAGAACUUCAGCAGGGGGGCGGCCAAUCCGAAAAGCCAAACCGGGAAAGGUGGGAAGAUCAGGAAGGUUGUGAAGAGACGUAUUCCUCGAGCAGCCACGUCCCGGGCUGAGAGGAUAUGGCCUGGAGGAGUCAUUCCCUACGUCAUAGGAGGAAACUUCACUGGUAGUCAGAGGGCCAUGUUUAAGCAGGCCAUGCGUCACUGGGAGAAACAGACGUGCGUAACUUUCAUUGAGAAAACGGAUGAGGAAAGCUACAUCGUGUUCACCUACAGGCCCUGCGGGUGUUGUUCCUAUGUGGGUCGUCGUGGCAACGGGCCCCAGGCUAUCUCCAUAGGCAAGAACUGCGACAAGUUUGGCAUCGUGGUGCACGAACUGGGUCACGUCAUUGGCUUCUGGCACGAGCACACGCGGCCUGACCGUGACGAUCACGUGACCAUCAUUCGAGAUAACAUACAACCAGGCCAGGAGUAUAACUUCCUCAAGAUGGAGCCAGGGGAGGUCAACUCUCUCGGGGAGCCAUAUGAUUUUGAUAGCAUCAUGCACUACGCCAGGAACACCUUCUCACGGGGGAUGUUUCUGGACACCAUCCUUCCGUCCAGAGAUGAAAAUGGGGUCCGGCCUGCUAUUGGCCAGCGCACCAGGCUCAGUAAAGGAGACAUUGCACAGGCAAGGAAGCUGUAUAGAUGUCCAGCAUGCGGAGAGACACUCCAAGAGUCAACGGGCAACUUCUCAUCCCCUGGUUACCCCAACGGAUACCCAUCAUACACACACUGCGUCUGGAGAAUAUCUGUUACACCAGGAGAAAAGAUUGUCCUCAACUUUACCACCAUGGAUCUGUAUAAGAGCAGUCUGUGUUGGUACGACUACAUUGAGGUCCGGGACGGAUACUGGAGGAAAGCUCCGCUGCUCGGCAGGUUUUGCGGGGAUAAAGUUCCUGAAGUCUUGAUCUCCACUGACAGCAGGAUGUGGAUUGAGUUUCGUAGCAGCAGCAACUGGGUGGGAAAAGGCUUCGCUGCCAUCUAUGAAGCGAUCUGUGGAGGGGAAAUCACCAAGGACUCAGGACAGAUUCAAUCUCCUAACUAUCCUGAUGACUACAGACCGUCCAAAGAGUGUGUGUGGAGGAUCACUGUGUCCGAGGGAUACAACGUCGGGCUCAGCUUCCAGGCCUUUGAGAUCGAGAGGCACGACAGCUGUGCCUACGACUACCUGGAGGUCCGAGACGGCCCUCUGGAGACGAGCCCUCUGAUUGGUCGAUUCUGUGGCUACGACAAACCUGAGGACGUGCGCUCCACCUCACACACACUGUGGAUGAAGUUUGUCUCAGACGGGACGGUGAACAAGGCCGGCUUUGCUGCUAACUUUUUCAAAGAGGAGGAUGAGUGUGCCAAGCCAGACAAUGGUGGAUGUGAACAGAGGUGUGUAAACACUCUUGGCAGCUUCAAGUGUGCCUGCGACCCGGGCUACGAACUAGCUCCUGACAAGAAGAGCUGUGAAGCGGCGUGCGGCGGUCUCCUCUCAAAGCUGAAUGGCACCAUCAGCACUCCUGGUUGGCCUAAAGAAUAUCCGCCCAACAAGAACUGUGUGUGGCAGGUGGUCGCUCCCACUCAGUACCGCAUCUCCAUGCAGUUUGAGGCCUUUGAGUUGGAGGGAAAUGAGGUGUGUAAAUACGACUACGUAGAGGUGCGCAGCGGCCUUUCACCGGACUCGAAGCUGCACGGUAAAUACUGCGGCACCGAGGUUCCCGAAGUCAUCACCUCGCAAUAUAACAACAUGAGGAUUGAAUUCAAAUCUGACAACACCGUCUCCAAGAAAGGUUUCAAGGCUCACUUCUUCUCAGACAAAGAUGAGUGCAGCAAGGACAACGGCGGCUGCCAGCACGAGUGCAUCAACACGGUGGGCUCGUACGUUUGUCAGUGUCGCCACGGCUUUGUACUGCAUGAGAACAAACAUGACUGUAAGGAAGCUGAGUGUGAGCAUAAGAUCCACAGCCCCAGCGGGACCCUGAGCAGCCCCAACUGGCCGGACAAGUACCCCAGCCGUAAGGAGUGCACCUGGGACAUCACCGCCACACCCGGACACCGAGUCAAGAUCGCCUUCAAUGAGUUUGAGAUCGAGCAGCAUCAGGAGUGUGCUUAUGACCAUCUGGAGGCCUUUGACGGGGACACUGACACGGCAGCCAUCUUGGGUCGAUUGUGUGGCAGCAAGAUCCCGGAGCAGCUGGUCUCCACUGGAAACAAGAUGUACCUCCGCUUCAUUUCUGACGCCUCGGUGCAAAGAAAGGGCUUCCAAGCUACACACUCCACAGAGUGUGGAGGUCGUCUGAAGGCAGAAGCUCGUCAGAAGAACCUCUACUCUCACUCCCAGUUUGGAGACAAUAAUUAUCAGGGGCACACUGACUGUGAGUGGCUGCUGAUGGCCGAGCAGGGCUACGGCAUCGAGCUGAGCUUCAUCACGUUUGAGGUAGAGGAGGAAGCUGACUGUGGUUACGACUACAUCGAGCUGUACAACGGGUACGACGCCAACUCACAUCGACUCGGUCGCUUCUGCGGCUCAGGGCCCAGGGAGGGGAUCUACUCGCCCGGAGGUGCUAUGCUGAUCCGUUUCCAUAGCGACGACACAAUCAGCAAGAAGGGCUUCCACAUCCGCUACACGAGCACCAAGUUCCAGGAGAGCCUUCACACCAGGAAAUGACCUCAGACACAUGCAGCCCGCCACCUCUGACCUCUGUGCAGCCCCCCACCCCCGUCACCCUGACCUUCACCAUGGCAACGAAAAAAAUUACAGCCCUUCCCUUCUGCUCGGACCCGACGUACAGAAGAGGACGUCCGCGGGAAGAAGACGACAGUUUGACGUGAACAUUAGUCUCUCUCUGCGGGUCAUCAGACAGGAAACACAUGAGGGCUGGUUUUCAUUUCUGCACAUCAAGAUACAGUGUGGAUACUAAAGAGUACAAACACAAACACACGAGAUUCAUAUUCAGAAUAUAAACUAUGGCUUCUCGAGGAGUAAGGAGCUUCUGCUGAAAAGAAAAAUGCAUCCAACACAGGAGUUUUUUCGGACUUCUUGUGCGACUUACUGUGAUCAGACGGCUGCUCAUACCCACAGUAACUGAGAGGAAACUCUAAAAUAGACAUUUUUAUUGCCUUUGAUGCCUGGGAACUGGUCUCUUCACCCCAGCUCAGAUCGGCUGCAGAUGAUUUUAAUUCACGUCUUAUUGUAAAACCCAUUGUGUUUACUGUAUGUGUGUACAGAGAAAACAAACAAAAGGCUGUCAUUUUUGCUUAAAGCUUAUGCAGACGACCAUCAUGGAAUGGGAGAAAAAUAUAUAAAAAAAUGCAAAUGGAGAAUUUCCAAAUAAUCUGUGAUGUUAUUGUAAAGCCUUGCAUUAUGUUGUGUGUGUGUCCGAGCGUGUGUCCAUGCUGUUUUGGAGUUUUUUUGCACCAUCUUGUAACAAACUUUCAUGGAUGUUUCCACCUCACCCCUCCCCAAAAAUAAAAGUGGAUAUCGUAAGGGAAUAUUUUCACAGCUGUCUCUCGGAGUGACACGAUUCUGAUUGAUGGAGAGAUUCCCAUGGUGCUAAAAAUGAAACUACACUGAAUGACAGAUGACUGCGAUUGGAAGUAAAGGUUUUCAGUAGGAGACAGUCGGCGUGCAAACAGCACAAUGCAUCAACAGCACUAGUCCUGUGGAACUACAACAUUGCCUUAGAACCAAAAUGGAUGCUGUCCGAGAGUUUUCAAGGUUUUUUUGGCAGCAUGUUUCAUUCGUUGGAGAUCUUGAAUGGUUUUAUCGUGAAAAACAAACAUGGGAAAUGUAGUCUGUGUGUGAGAUCAAGUGUCAGUGGUGCAUGAGUGUUUGUGUGUCAUUGUUGAAGCUGCUUUCAGAGAUACAUAUACACACAUGCUUACACAUCCACAAAUGUUGUGCGCUUUUUCCCCCAACGUAUCUCAGCACACACUUCCCUUUCUGUAUAUUUGGAGCGUGGAGAGCAAAGUGCUGUAAAGUUGAAAGAAUAUCAAGGUGCAAACAGGUUGCAUCGUUUGUUGUGUUAAAUGCAAAAUGUGUAAGUGUGUGUUAUAGGAGAUUAUAAAGAAAUAAUGUGCGUGUAUGUCUGUAAGCUGUAUGUUUUUAAGUUGAAUCAUUCAUUGCUGUACGUGCCAAGCUCCAGGUGACCCGGAUCCACUGUAGUUUUUGUUUUAUCACUCAACCUCUGUGUCUGUAGUUCAGAGACACUGACAUGACAUCCUCUGCAUCAGUCAUUAAAAUACACACAGGUCAAAACUA